AUGAAGAGCUGCGACAUCAAGCCAAAUGACUGGGAGAAAACUGCCGGCGACCGACUCAGCUGGCAGCAGGCUGUGAAAACAGGCCUCAGGAGAGGCGAGGAGAAAGGACACACUGCUUGGCAGACCAAGAGGGAGCGCCGUAGCAGGAAGGUGAUGGAUUGCGAAUCCGACACGACCGGCACGUUUUGUACGAGUUGCGAGCCAGGAGAAGACUUCACGGACGAAUCAAACAGCUCCAACGAGUGCAAGAAGUGCACCGUUUGCAACGUGAAUUUCGAGGACACCGAGAGCAGAUGCACCACCAGGCAGGACACUCGCUGUCGCUGUAAAGACGGCUUCCAGAGGGCUGCUCCAUCGGACCCCUGCACGGAAGUGAAGCGAGCCCCAGGUUCGGACGACCGCUCGCCGCACCCACGCGGCUCUAACGCGCUCACAAUCGACGCUGAGGGGUCGGGGAGGAGCACAGAGGAUUUCAUCAAUAAAAUGAUCACGGAAGAUCAAGAGGGCAACUGGAAGGACAUCGAGAGGGAAUUGCCAGAGUUGCGAGAGUGGAUCGGCAAAACUCCCUCUCUUUUCCUGCACGAGCUGAAGAGGAGGAAUGUGGUUACAGAAGAGGAGUACUGGAAGGCGUUUACAAUUCCCGAUGCCGCCAAGCGCGUGGACUCAAUCCUGUUGCCCGUCAUGAGCCAAGGGGAAGGCAAACGCCGAGAGCUGCUGGAGACACUCGAACAACAGCGGAGCAGGGAACGGAAUUUCCUGGACAUACUGAAGACGAGCGAUUUGUGCUCGCCCACUCUGAACCCCAACUCGGCACAUCGACAGGUUCAAUUUUCUGCCGAUCUCAGCACAGUGACGUGGAACCAGGCGGCUCAGCCUUACUCUGAUCACGCAGAGAGGUUUGAGUCGUGGCCAAUAGUCCUCUGCUUCGAGAACUUCUCGUCGGGUGACCACUACUGGGAAGUGGACGUGAGAGCCUCUAGAAACUGUUCUAUAGGCGUCACACGUGGGUCGAUUCCUCGGAAAGUGGAAGAAAAGUUUGGCAGGCUGGGCUGGAAUGAGCAGUCUUGGGCGUUCAUUCAAUGGGAUUCAAAUAACUCUGCAAGACAUGGCGACCAAUCCAUUGCUUAUCCAGAGAUUACGCAUUUGGAGAGAGUCGGCGUUCGCUUGGACUUUAACGCAGGAAAACUUUCGUUUUACAACGCCAACACCAUGGAGCUGUUGCACUCAUUCAACGACAUUCCAAGUGAGCCGCUCUGUCCGGCUAUGCAGGUGAAGUCGGGCUCAGUCGCGAUUUACGAAGCUCAAUCAUUGAAGAACCUGACUGUGGAUGAGAGCAGAGAAGACAUUCAGAUUUGUGAUCACUUUGCAAACAGUGGAGGUCAUCGCACAAAAAACACCGAUGCAGAGAAGGGUGACAGCGAAGAUGCAUUGCUCAGAACAACGAUGGAGGAACCUUCGGUGGCACGAGAGUUGAUCGGUAGGAGCCCUGCAAUGCUACACCACGAGUUGCUCGUCCAGGGUCUCAUCACGCAAUCCGAGCUCUCAGAAGUCUAUUCGGUACCCCGCGCAUCAGCACGAGCUGACUUCAUCAUCAGCCACCUCGAUCGCAAGCAGGAAGAGAGCCCGCAACUCAAAGGAAUUCUGCAUCAACAUCGUAAAAAGCAAGAGGCAUUCCUGAAAAUGAGGAGCGAAUCGAGCACUUGCUCGCCAACUCCGAACCCAAACACGGCACAUCGGAACCUCCAGAUUUCUGCCGACUUUAAAACCGUCAGGACGUCCACACACACCCAACCUUACCCUGACAACUCAGACAGAUUCGACCACUACCGAGUGGUCAUUUGCUCUGACAAAUUCUCAUCGGGUCGCCACUACUGGGAGGUGGACGUGAGGGGUUCUGAGAAAUUCGUCAUUGGUGUCACGUAUGACUCAAUACCACGGAAAGGUGAUGACGAAGCCUGUAAGAUUGGGUGUAAUGAAGUUUCGUGGAGCCUUAAGAAACGGGGCAACACCUACACAGCGGUACAUAACGAGACGGAAAUAAAACUGUCGGUGCGAGAUGCUCCCAAAAGAGUCGGGGUUCACCUAGACUGGGAGGCGGGCGUCUUGUCAUUCUACAGCGCCGACUCCAUGUCGCUGCUGCAUCGAUUUCAAGGAAAAUUUGAUCGAGAGCUGUACCCUGCAAUGGCCGUGCUGUGCGAAAGUCUCUCAAUAUGCCCGUUGCCGUCCUCAGACGCUCGUCGUUAGAGAUGAGAGGCUCCUAUUUGAGCGGUCGCCCAUGCGACCCCUGUAUGUAUGUAGAGUAAAUUUUGAAUUAAAGCUUAAUUCAUAUUCUUAAGUAACUUCCUGGCCAACCGCGAAGGUUCGGGUUCCUGAAAACCCUCGCGGUUGGUAAAGUUACAGGGGGCCUAUGGGUUCAAGGGGGUUAGGGGAACCAUAGCGUGGUCAGACUCGUCAUAGCUUGACUAAGCUGCUGUUUAUUAACUAAACGAUUUUACUGUGUAUGGUACAUUACACAGUAACAUAAUAAAACAUGAAUAAACAUGACAUUAACUUUACAUACCUUUAAAUAUUAACGAUUAUUAGAAUUCAAAAGUAUUAACAAUGAUGAUGACGAUGACAAUGAGAUUAUGGGGGGAGGGCUGGUUAGAAGGAGGAGGGGCUCAGCCCAGCCACGCCCCCUUCCUCCAGACCACGGAUGCAACUCCCUCUCACUCUCACCACUCGCUGCACGCUCGGGUCCAUGACUAACGGCAACAUUAAUGUGCACCAUGGAGUACUGUACAACAAAACAGACGGCCAGCUGAUCACUUGAGUAGCGCCAUGGCACCACGGAAUUUGUAUUACAUUGCGCGGAUCGCAGAGCUUACAAAACAACGGUAUUGAUAUUCUUAGUUUU